UACCAUGAGAACUUCUCUAUGACAAAUAGCUCGUCAGAAUGUAUGAUUCGUCCAUAUAGAAACUUGGACUCUUCGAGUCCGUGCGUUACUAAAGAAUUAAAAUUUGAGUUUAUUUCAAAAAAGGAUAAUAGUGUCGAAAGAGAAACUCCGCAAAUAAUAAAAGCAAUCGGUAUUACGCCUAGAAAGGCUUACAUGGAUUUAGUUGAUGCAAUCGCAUUGUUAGAUGAGACUUGUCCAAAUCAAGAAUUUAAUCCGUCCGAUACAAUAAAAGCAACAACAGAGGCUUCUUUGAUGCCACAUACAGAAUGUAAAAAGGUGAAAUCAAAAAAUCAUGGUCACGAUCGACUCAAUCAACAUUCAUUUAAGAAAAAUCGUUUACAGGAUAAGAAUAAAAAUCGACCAUUAAUGAAGAAAAUUGGAAAGUCGAAAACCGAGGAAAUACCAUUUCUAAUCAAAUUGUCACCAAAUCUUGGUACCAUUCGUAAGCCUUGUUUCCAGAGAACUAGGACAAGAAAAGUUAUCGAACAACAAACUAUAAAAUCAAAUAAAAUCAGUUGUUUUAAAAAAUUGAUCUUUGAUUCGAUGGAUGUUAGAAAUAAAUCUCUAGUUAAUUUAAAAGGUGUCGACGAAACAGCAACAGUAACAACAGCAGCAACAACAACAACAACAAUAACAGCAGCAGCAACAACAGCAACAACAACAGAUAUUCAAACUAGAACUGAACAAAAUAAACAUCAGCUAAAAAAACAAUUGAAAAAAUUGAAAAAAAGUAAAACACUAGAAUUACCUAUUAGAAGAUAUUCCGAUAUAGGCCAAAGUUCUCCUGUGACAAUACAUUCCUUUGAAACGGAUGAUUUAGAUAGAGCUUUCUCUCAAAAGUUGCCUCUCCGAGGUUAUCUAAGAGCUUCGUUAGAUAGCAUAAUCGAUACCGGAUCUUGUUGUUCGUCGUUAGUGGAAGAUACAAUAAGGAAUAAUUCAAAAGUUAGUCAUAUGCAACAACGAUGCAAUAGUAUAGAUACGUUAAUAAAAGAGAAAAUAACCAUAAACGAAGAAAGUGUUUCUUCUAGUAAAUACGUGUUCUCAGUAGGUUCUUCACUCACAGAAUUAGAUAGAUGGACUAGCUUUUCUAAGAAACAACGUGAAAUAUUAGACAAGAGGAAAUGUAAGACUCAUUCGACGAUUGAGUGUAUUUGUAAAAGUUUGAAAAUAGUUGGAAGUACGCCAAAUUUAAAAGCGAGUAAUAAUAUUAAUUAUUUAAAAGAAGAAGCGUCUAACUCACAAUUAAUAAAUACAUCGAGCAAUUUAAAAGAACAGUGUCAAGAAAUAAGUACAUUGAACAAAGAGAAAAGGAGUAAUUAUUUAGAGGAUAAUAAAAUAAUUCAAAAUACAAGCUCAAAGUGUCGGAAAUGGCAAAUUUUCUUUGAACCUUUGCAAGACACAGUGGAUAUGUUUAACGAAUUACGAAAAGUAAGCAGUUUACUGAAUAUACCUUCUUGGGAGAAAUUUUCUAAAGUAGACAAAACGUUUGUUCAAAUACCGAAACAGAUUUUUUUAAAUAAAAAAGAUACGAUGAGACGCGAAACAAGCACAAAUCUAAACACAAGUCUAAAUGAAAGGAAAAAACAUAUUUCAACAUUUUCCAAAGAAAAACAGUUAAUAGAUUCUAAAGCAAUUUCUUUAACGACUACAAAGGAUUUAACUUCUCAGACUGAAGUAGAUUCUAAAUGUUAUUUAUCGGAUAUUUUUAAUGUACCUUUACAGAAGAGAAAUGUUAAAGAACGAAAAGAGACGGGUAUGAAAAUAAAAGAAGCAACUAAGACUAAACACAAUCAUUGUCUUGAAAUAAAGCUUGCUAAUCCUAUGUUUCCGAAAGAAAGUAGCUCUCAGAAAAUGGUACAAAUUCAGGGACGGACCAAUGAUUUUUAUGAGAUUGUAUCAUCUAAAACAGUGCCGAAUUGCGCUGAAAAACAAUUGAGAAAAGUUUCUGCCGAAGAAGAUACAAAAUUAGAGAACUUUACCCUUGGUUCUAAGGUUGACUACCAUUCAGUUAUUGAGCAAAAGCGGACCAAAUGCUUUCCUUUAUAAUGCAUGUAUGUAGAUCUAUUUGUAGAUAAUGUUCUAUAAUAAAAACACAUUGUGUUUGCAUUCAAAAUGUACAAUGCCAGGGACAGGAGCCUUACGUAUAUAGAGUGAAUCAUGUUUUACUUAAACUGUUUCACUACUUUUUAGCUAUACUAAGGGUAAACUAUUUAACACUUAUUUCUAAUGUUGUACAGGAGAAAACGGACAUUCGAUACGGAUUGUAUUAUUGGUUUCUACAAUAAACAUUAUGCUGCAUUCAUAAAA